AUCUCACUCAAGGACGCAAUCUUCCUCACGGGCUAGACCGUUAUUUUAGUUUCGUUUAGAGGAAUACAAUUCACGUUGAAGCAAAAGGAAUAACGAUGUCAACAGUGUAAUUAUUUUUCUAAGCUUCUGGGCUAGAGACAGAGACAGGCACGGCAACAGAUGGUACCAUGUGAAUGACUGGGGACCAUGAAGUACACACGCAAACUGCUGUUUGUCCUGUGUCCCAUGCUGGUCCUGGUGUUCAUCUACUUCUCCUCUAGAAAGCUGCAUCUACACGUCUGGGGCCCCAAGUCACAUGUAGAUGUGGAGCCAACUGUCGCUCUAACAGUCACAAAACCUAAACCUAAACCUAAAGUGGCUACAGAGUUGGAAUCAGAGGCCAGCAUCUCCGUGGGACAAGUAGUAGGCGCAGUGUACGACCAGCAGGGCUUCUUGCUGAAGCUGGAUGGAAAACUACCGAUGGAGUUGGUGUACAAGUACGGAAACCUCAGCAGUGGGACCUGCAAGCCUGGCUACGCCGCUGCCAAGAUGACUGCUAUCUAUCCAAAGUUUGUCAAGCCAGCACCCAUGUUCCUGGACCAAAACUUUAAGCGCUUAGCAAAAGUCUUCAAUUACUUACCUCCAUUUGGGUUUAAGACUCAAGAAAAAACAAUAGACACGAUUUUAACUGCCACAAAGAAUUAUGGGCUGGGUCCAGAACUUGACAGUUUAAGUUGUAAGCGGUGUAUAAUAGUAGGAAAUGGGGGAAUCCUUGCCAACAAGUCUCUGGGCUCCCAUAUUGAUGAAUAUGAUAUAGUGGUGAGGUUAAACGAGGCUCCUGUGAGUGGUUAUACCAAGGAUGUGGGCACUAAGACAACCAUGAGAAUAACGUACCCAGAGGGGGCCAUCCAGAAGCCUGAACGCUACGAGAAGGACUCCCUCUUCAUCUUCUCCGCCUUCAAACCUCUCGACUUUAAGUGGCUGAAACAUGUGAUCUUCAGGGAGAGACUGGGUACAGAGGGCUUCUGGAAAUCUGUGGCCCAUUAUGUGCCCAGGGAGCCCUCAGAGAUGCGCAUCCUCAACCCUUAUUUCAUCCAGGAAGCCGCCUUCCAGUUCAUCGGCCUGCCUCUGAACAACGGCCUUAUGGGCAAAGGGAACAUUCCAACACUGGGUACCGUCGCCAUAACAAUGGCCCUGCAUAACUGCGAUGAGGUUGCCGUUGCUGGCUUUGGCUACGACAUGAAUACGCCUCACGCCCCCUUGCACUACUAUGAAAAAGUAAAGAUGUCUGCCAUCAGAGAGUCAUGGACUCACAACAUCUUAAAGGAGAAGGAGUUUCUCCAGAAGCUGGUCAAGGCCAGAGUCAUUACUGACCUGACAAAGGGGAUCUAAGUCUCAGCCAAGGUGUGUGCCUUUCCCUCAAGCACGCCAAACUGGGGUUGCUGAGAAAUGCAGGCCAUGGGGCGGAGAGCAUUGGGGCGUUGGGCUGUGGCAGGUGGGGCAAUGACGCCUCAGCAGGAUACGCAUACGUGCCUUCUGACGUAGAGACCUCCUGUGAGUGGGACAUCCGAGCCUGAGGUGUCCUCGAACGUCUCAGGAGAGCGCGGAUCCCCGACGCUUUUUCGUCCUCGCCCCACGACUCAACGACGCGAACGGCCUCAGAGGCAGGGCCGGUGGCGAAUGGAUUCGGCCCUACAGGACAGAAACUCGACUGAUUGUGCCAAACGUACCUCUUCCAGAGGAGGAAGCCUCUGCCUUCCUUCACAGCAUGAAUGUAUUCACUGUAUAAAUAUCAAAGCUUUUUAUGGUGUAUUUUAUCAACGUAACAAAUCACCCCUCCCAACCCAGACAGCCCUGCCUUCAUGGGAGCCUCUCAGUCUGGGUGCCUCCGGGUCAAAUCGGGCUGCUCUGGGUCAGUCUGGGCCACUCCGGGUCGCUCCGGGCCACGCCAGGCACAUCCUGCAUCUGCAGCCUCAAGGUCCAAGCGCGGCCUUCAUGUAAAACCCUCUCGUCUGAGCCUUGGAGGCCCCCUCCUCUCCAUCAUGAGAAAAGAGUAUUGUCAUUUCUUUUCUUUCCAAGGAAUGAAAGUUCUUUUUAAGUUAUUUAUUUUGGUACAAGAGUGUAGGCCUUAACUGGAUUUUGGAAGUUUUUGCCUCUCUUCAAUGGGGGGCGUGUCUUAAUUGUUUAUUUUAUUAUCUUCUUUCUUAUCUUUUUUCCCUUCCCUUGUUUUAAUUGCUGUUGUGUACUCUCUCUGCACAUCAUGUAAAGCAGUGAUACCGGCCUUGCAAAAUUCAUCCUUCAUUAAGGUAAGCUGCCACACCACGUUCUGCCUCUGUGUCUCUGAAUGUACCCAAGCACAAGCCUGGGAAUACCAAGGUUUACUUUUUAUACAUUAUCGGCUCUGCAAGGUGACAGUUGUUUUCCAAACAAUUCCUGUUUUGUGAGAAUUACAGUCUGUAUUUCUAAGGAUUUCUGUGGAGAUUCCGACUGUGGUCCUUUUCAGUUUCAUACAGAUGGGAAAUCUGGUUCAUUAUGUGAGACAGGUUAACACAGCCAGGCUUACCCAGUUGGGUGGACACUGCCCACUGUAACAGAAACCUCUUCAUUAUUUCGCAUGUUGGUCAUCACAAGAGGCAAGAACAACAAAAAUUGGUGCAUUCAUACAAUAUAGUAUGUCACCAAGUAGCGCUAGCAUUUUCAUAAAAAUGGAAGGAUUAUAUUUAAUUAAAGAAGGUAAAAAGUGUUAAUUUUUCUUUAUAUCUAAAUAUAUAUAUAUAUAUAUAUAUAUAUAUAUAUAAAAUAUAUAAUAUAAUAUAUCUUCAAUGACAUAAUAAAUGUGUUGGCCAGUUGGGCCCUUUUUUAAUUGAAUUCACAACUUGGGUGUAUUUAUCUAAGCCAAGUCUGACCAUCCUCAAAUGUUGUCUCUUUGUCCCAUUGUUUUGUUUUACACCUGCACUGCCAUGAAAAGCACGCAGAGGUAAAUGUGGUUGGAAAAACCUUGCUUGUCCCACCGAGCUAACGUGAUAUUUAUUUAUGUUUGAAGGUCUGUGUAAAACUGGAUACAAAGUAUCUGAAUCUCAUGCCAAAGACGUAUGCAGUAAUGUAGUAUUUUGAAGUGCUUCCUAAUCCGUGUUUGCCUGUCUGUCCACCCUUGUUGGAAAGUGGGUAUGAUUUAACGUCCGACGUUUCCUUCUCAUUUAAGAUGUUCUGAGUCCAGGACUGAUUUAUUACUACAGUGUUGCCUGAGAUAUUUGACCAGUCGCGUGCUGUCUCAUAGAGUUGGGUCAAUAGCUCUGGCAUGCCAACAAACUGGAAUCUGAGUUGCUAGAGGGACGUGGACCACAAUGUCAAGUCCUGAAGCUGGCGCAUUCGAAGAGACCUGUCAAACCAACAGCCGGCUCAUCUUUUGACCAGAAUAUGCCUGGAAAUGUCGGCUUUCAAAUUGUGUUUAAAAAAAACAACAACAAAAAAUAAGUAAAUAAAUGACAACUGACAAAAUUGAA